AUGGGAUGCCCCGACCGCGUUCCAUCCGGCUUUUUCCUGACGGACGUGCUGCUCUACGCCGAUGACAUCUUGGAACGGAAGCUCUUGAAAGGCCACGUGGGUGACCUCAGAGUCGAGUUUGCCUCGAGGGAGGCCGUCAAGCUCAAGGGCUUGAUCGGCGCUUUGCGCUACCUCUGGCGCAGUUCGCCGCGCGGACUUCAUGCCCGCGUCACUGAGCUAAAGCUUCUCUUGAAGACCGACCCUCGCCGUGCUCGACAGGCACCGGCUCUGGAGGACGCGAAUGAUGACGGGAACGAUUCGGACGGUGACGCAUGCAGCGAGAAUGCAGAGUCCGAAGCCGAAGCCUCGACCGAUGACGCAGACAUGGGUGAAGCUCCACUUGCCGACCGUCCGGUCAUCGAGGAGCUGCCAGCGUUCCCAGUCACGGAGGACCUCCCGAGCCCGACUGGGGAUGGGAGCUUGGAUGGCUCCAGCGACGCAGCCUUGCCAAGCCCAGUGCCUGGAGACAGGAGCCCACCCUCGUGGAAUCCAGUUCCCGGCGAUGCAGAGAGUGUAGCCUCCUUCGAGCCGCCCUCCAUCGAGGCAGACUUGCCAGACCCGAAGCGCGAGCUCUCCUUCGAUCCGCCUUCGAUUGUUCGCCGAAAGCAUGGCGAUGAGAGCCCACUCUCCAUCGAUGUGGACUCUGAAGCCGAAGCCUUGAAAGAAGCCAAAGCCUUGCAAGAAGGCGAGGACUCUGGAGCCGAAACCUUGAAAGAAGGCGCAGCUUUCAAGGUGCCAAAGUUCCCAGCUCCAGAGGGCGAAGACGAGUCGCUAGCCCUUGUGCUAGCCAGUGACGCUGGGAAUCACGAGCCUGCUUCGGAGAGCGAGGACAGCGAAAAGACCCGGGUGCUUGGUUCGCACUUGGUUGGCGACGACAGCAGCAGUGAGGCUGCUGUUGAAGAUACGAAACUCCAGAAGUUCCGCGAGAAGACUUUGGCCAGGGCGAAGAGAAUUUCGAACGGGCACGCGUUGAAGAACGAGUACCUUCGGCACUGCAGCAACAUCAUCAACAAGAAUGGUUUGGACUCUGUGAAGAUGGGCCUUGGCAAGGACAAGCACUUCCGCAAGUUCGUGGCGAGGAUGGUUGUAAAGGACGAUCCUCCAGUGCAUCCCCGGGGUGCCAAGUCGGCAGCCUCGAGCUCCAGCGAUCGCGCUGCCUUCGGAGACGACCCCACGUCAACCCAUGACAAGAAGAAGAAGAAGCGAGCUGGCGAGUCUAUGGACGCGAAGUGGACGAAGACGCCACUGUCCAAGCGCCCCAAGGGCGCUGGGUCAGUGGAGGAGAUGCUCCGUGUUACGCCCUCCCCGCUGUCGCUUCCCAAGAAGGCGCGCAAGGAGUCCAAAGAGAAGGAGCAGGGACGCGAGGAAGCCCCGAAGAUCAAGAAAGGCAUGGAUGCGCCCCGCGAAGAGGAGCCGAAGAUCAUCAAGAAGAAAGCCAGGGAUGCGCCCCGCGAAGAGGAGCCAAAGAUCAGCAAGAAGAAAGCCAGGGAUGCCCGGCAUGUUCCUGCAGGCGAUGACGAGUCGAAGAUGAGCAAGUUCCAUCUCUUCAAUUUGAAAGAGCUCAACAUCCCGUCCGAGGCGUGGCCCAGCCGAGAUGGCGUCUACAACGGCAGGUGGGGGUACACGGUGAUUGCAAUGAUGGUUGCUCUCCUUUUCUCUAUAGAUGGUCUUUGCUGGGACACCCCGACAGACCAUGUGGAGCUUUUCGCGGGGAAAAUGUCCGUCACAAAAGGCGAGUGGGCUGAAGGACGUAGAGCUGUACCGUUUGAGAUCAAAUUGGAUGCUAACAACAUGGACAUACUUAGCAGCGCCGGUUUUGCCAAUGCGAUGUUCCAAAUUUGCAAUCUAAAACCUGGAUCCGGCUGCUUGUCAGCUCCUGUGUGCAGCUCCUGGGUUUUUAUGAGCCGUGGGACUACAUGUCGAACAAAAGCUAGGCCGUUGGGCCGAAGUGACAAUGAAGGAGUACACAACGGGAACGUCAUGACAGCUCGUGUUCUGAUUCUGAUGCUGCUUGCCUCAGCCAAAGGCAUAUUCUGGCUUCUCGAGCAGCCGGCUUCGAGCAUCAUGGAGCAUCACCCCUGCUUCCAAGAAGUGCUUGGCAUGGUACAUCUCGUGAAAAAAACAAUCUACAUGCAAAACUACGGCCACCAGGCAGUGGAUGACUUGGUCCUCUUUCAAACCUCGCGGCAGAGUUCGCAACAAGAGCGGCCACAGACCUAUGCAUAUCCAGAUGGGUUGCUCGGCCGUUGUGCAGUUGCGCACGAGUCGAUGGUUCGCAAGCCUCACGCAAAGACAGCGUGCUGCAUGGAUUUCACCAACACGCGGGCAUUGGUGUCUGUGCUGGGCAGGUUCCAAACCUACCUCGCUUACUUGAGAUUAUGGGUGUUUGCCAUUUGGUCGCGCUUGGAGGAGGCUUUGACAUCUAUCGUAAGCCUGGAAGAACGCACCUUUAACACGCUCUUGAAUCUCAACAUGCACAUCACCCGUGUCGAACAAAACAUGGACGAGCGCAUGGAUGCCGUGGAAGAGCACUUUCCAAAUAUUCAACAACAGUUGCAUAUGCAGCAUCGAACUUCAUGGUUGACUUGGAUUCUCCUCUUUCAGUGCUUGCGGUUGUUCUGGGAGCACCUCGUUGUGCCUCCUGCAUCCUGCCGCAUCGGCAUGGAGUUUUGGCCUUGUACCUAUAGAGGCUCCUGA